AAAAGGAAAAAAAAAAACAGAAGAAGAAGAAGUGGUGGCGCAACACAGUUUAGCUAACAUAGACAGUAGGUGUAGUUCAGGACAGCUGGUCCAUCCACAAUAACGCUACAACUUAGCUUCAUUUACUGUCCAUCCUCAUUUGCUUAUGACAUCCUUCAAACCCGGCGGCCACAUCGCACUAUGUUCGAGGAUCCCGAACUCCAAGAUCCGUUGUCUCUGAGUCUAAAUGAAAAUUAUGAUGACCAGAAUUUGACACAUCAUGACCAAAAAAAAGCACCAGCAAGUCCCGACUAUAAUUGUGAGACGCCAGAUAUUCGAGUAAUCAUCAAAGAGGAAGAGGACGGCUGGACUGUGAGUGAAAAUCAUGAGAGCUUCAGCUCAGAGGGACAAAAAGAGGAUACUUCUGCACACACUUGUCAUCCCCACCUCGAAGCAUGUGGUAAAGAGAGCUCCACUUCAUAUGGAGUAAAGAGACAGCAUAUUGUUAAUUCGGUGGAGAAAUGCUUGGAAUCCGAUGGCCCCACUUUCUAUGGCCAGAGUGGCUCUGGCAGGGAAGGACACCAGAGACACAUGCUCAUUGACUGUGAUGAGAAACCUAAGAUUUCCUGUGUUUGUGGGAAGACACCAGGAAAUGUGACUGUGGAUCAGUGCAAUAACACAGGAGAGAAAUCUUUCUCCUGCCCAGAAAGUGAGCCGACCCCUGGUCACAAAGGGAACACGAAUUCCCAUCAGCGAGCACAUGCUGAGGAUGGGUGUUAUGCUCCAGACCAGAGCCUUGACUUUAAACAAAGCACAUCUUUGCCAACAGAAGCAGAACUACAUGAGACCAAAAGAUCAGCACCUUGCCAAACAGAUUCUCCUGAACAUAAGCCUCUGAUGUCACACGGACUCAAGAUGGCAUCUGCAAACUUAGAGGACCAAACGCUUCAUUUGACUGUUAGAUUGCAGGCGGGGGAGGAGGAAGAAGAGGAACAAGAUGAAGAAAUUGGAGGUUUAAUCAACUCUGAUGGAGAAGUGGUCGAGUGGGAUGCCAGAGAGAGUCCUGACCGAGGCUCGGAUUGCACAGAAAGUUCUCAGCCUAGCAAGGGUGUCGGCCUGUCCGAGUCUCAGCUACAAGGCCAAAACCAGAGAGACAGCAGUAGUCCAACACUCAUCAUGGAAGUUGUGUCUGUGGGAGAAGAUGAAGAAAGGGAAGAAGGGGAGGAAAAAGAGAGAGUAGUAAAGAUGACAACUGUUUCGCCCUUGUACCGUGGAAAGAGACGCAGAAGAGAGAACAAGGCUUCAGAAAGAACAGUGGCUUCAUUGGACGUCUCGGAUGCAGAAAAGGAAGUUCCUGCAAAUCCUGUAAAGAGAAGAGGCAGAAGAAAGAUUUCAGAAACUCCUCUGUUGUCUACAGAAGACUUGGAGGAAGAGCCUGGAAUAUCGAGGCGUACUCGACGAAAGAGAAAUUUCCCUACCAUAGUGGAAUCAGAAGAAUUAAACUCAAAAACUGUUCGCCGUGUCGCUGCAAAGCGACCUUACAGAAGAAGGAAAGACACCAAACCAUCAGCUGAAGGAGAUGAAGAAAACACAGGUGUUUCUGCUGGCAAGAAGCGCCCCGGCAGAAAGAUGGUUCGUGUACCAGUAGAAAUACCUCCUGAGCUCCUGAAGAGGCCCAAAGAGAAGAUAGAGUACCACUGCUCAGUGUGUGGCAAAGAAUUUCCUCAUGCCUAUAAACUAGAGAGGCACGAGCUGAUCCACACAGGAGAGAAACCGUACUGCUGCUCCAUCUGUGGUCGCGGUUUCAACCAGAAGGGCAAUCUCAAAACGCACUACAAAGUCCACUUUGGUCGUAAGGGCGUUGUGGACUUUGACGAUGAGGUGAAUCCCCUAGCAUCAGAACUGUCCGAGUACUUGAAGUCCCUGCCGGGGGAGUCCAGGAUCAGAUCAUCCCUCCGUUGCCUGGAAUGUGGAAAAGACUGUGAGAGUCAGUCUGCCUUACAAGCACACCACAUUACUUCACACACAGAGACAGCUGCUGAAUCAGACACAGUUGAGCACAGCACAUCACAGCUUCUCUUCUGCCGCCGCUGUGGCAUUCAGUUCAGUGAAAAAGAAAAGCUGGAAGAACACAUGAAAACCCACAUCAAGGAGAAGCCCUACUCAUGUCCUGACUGUGGCAAGAAGUUCAUCAAUGAAAGCUACAUACAAAUCCACCAGCGCAUCCAUACUGGGGAGAGACCCUUCCUCUGCUCCCAGUGCGGCAGAGGUUUCCACACGGCUUCAUCUCUCAAGCUGCAUGAGAUGCAGCACUCUGAGGAAAGGCCGUUCGCAUGUUCCAUUUGUGGGAAGACGUUUCGGAUAAACUCGUACCUGACAGCACAUUAUCAGACCCACAUUAAAGACAGACCUUUUAUUUGUAGCGUCUGUGGGAAAGGCUACUCUAGAGCCGAGGAACUGAAGGUGCACCACAGGCUUCACACUGGGGAGAGACCCUACGAGUGUGGAGAAUGUGGCAAGAGCUUCAUUUACCGCCAGGGUCUGCGGCAGCAUCAGCGCACACAUGCUGGAAAACGCAUCGGGCCAACCAGACAGCUCGGUAGACCGAAGCAACAGGCCCGGCUGGACAUCCUCAGCAGAGGCGUGUCUGUGCAGGAAGGAGACUUCAGAACCGAUCGUUUUCAGCUUGUCUGGUUAAUGGUAGUGAACUCAUUUUGUUGCAGCUCAACACAGGAAUCAUCCUGUAGAUGUCCUGGCCAUGCUGUCUUCUGUCAGUGUGGAACCACAUCAGAUCAUUUACCCGAGUCCAGUCAUGAACAUCACAACCCUAAAAGUAAUGUCACAGAUGUUGAUGGACACCAACCCAAAUAUGACAUCAGUCCUCACCUAAAUGCAGGUGACUGUGGUUGUAAUCCUUUGCACGGAGAUCAGACCGAAUGUGAAAUUGUUUCACUAUCAAUAAAAACUGAAGAUAAAGAAAAUAGAGCAGCUUCUGAAGUUGUAGUUAAGUCUAUAGCACAAUUCACCCUCUGUUCUGGUGACAAGGACAGGACACAACCACAGGAGAUCCACAAAGACAGCAAGUAUUUCGUUCAGGUUUGUAAAAAACAAUUCAAAACUCAAGGUCAUCUGUGCCAGCACACCAAGAAACACCCUGGAGGAUUCAAACUUUACAGAUGUUUCCACUGUCGGAAGCGGUUUACCUUUCAAAACACUCUAAUUGUUCACCUACGAAACCACACUAAGAAGAAGCCUUUCUUCUGCCCUGUGUGUGGUUUGAACUUUUCUCUGAUGAGACAGAUCAAGUUUCAUAUGCAAACACACACUAAAGAGACCAAUGUCAUGAUGAAAGUGCAAGAGGAAGAAGAGACAGUUGGUGGUUUGAUCAACUCAGAAAGAGAACAGUUAGAAUGGGAUCCUGCAAACUCUGGAUACAUUCCUGAUGUGCAUCACACUGAUGAUCAGCAGCUGGAGAGAAGCAUGGAGCAGUCUUGUUUCUGCCAUAUGUGUGGUGAGAAGUUCCCAAACAGCAGAGCUCUACAGAGACACCAGAGGACUCACACUGGAACCAAACCUCACAAAUGCACACAAUGUGGGAAAAGCUUUAAUUUCCUGAACAGACUGAAGAGACACCUUUUAAUCCACACCAAAGACAAACUGUUUACCUGCCCAGUGUGUGACAAGAGAUUCUCUCACAAAAACAGACUGAAGAAACACUUUGGCAUACAUGGAUGGUCAGCUGAAGCCAAGGAAACUGCAGAAGCUUUGGAUGGACUGGAGACUGCCAGUGCUCCCAUCACCUCAGAUACAUCACAUCUGGAGAGCAGUUCUUCUGGUAGUGCUCCUGAUGGUACAUUACCUGGUGACACGCACACAGCCACGCCAAGCAAACCUGAAACUAACCGUUCUGUGAACACAACAUCCAGGAAACGUCGAAAGAAAACUGAGGCUGAGGAGCUCUUCACCUGCACAGAGUGCAGUAAGGAUUUCCAGAGCGUGUACACGAGAGACCGACAUCUGAGAGAGAAACAUGGAAAACACCCAAUUCACAAGUGCUGCGACUGUGGACAGACAUUUAGAGCCAACCGGAGCUUGUUAGUUCACCGGAGGAUAUACCACCUAGGACCUACAGCUGCUGUGGAAUGUGAAGAAGAACGCAGAGCUCCAAAGAUGUAUAUUUGUUCAACAUGUGGAAAGCAUUUCCCUACAAGUGCCUCACUGAAAAGGCACCUUGUUAUUCACUCAGGGAAGAAACCGUACAAGUGCACUUUGUGUGGAAGAGGUUUCACACAGCUUGGAAACCUCAAAACACACCAGAAGGUUCACAAAGGGAAAUUCAUCAGCACGACAGCAUCAGAGAAAAGUUCCCCUCAACCUGAAGCGGCUCAGUCAUCAUUGAAAAUCUGCUUCUGUCAGUUGUGUUGGACACAAUUUUCAGACAAACAACUAUUAGAAGAACAUUUGAAGCAAGUCCAUGAAUCAAAGAAACCAUUUUGUUGCACACAGUGUGGCAAGAGAUUCAUGUACAUCCAGAAAUUAAAAGAACAUGAAGCUGGUCACGAGGGUCUGAAGCCCUACCAGUGUUCCCAGUGUGAUAAAGGUUUCCAAACCUCAAAGGGACUAGAGAACCACGGGCGAGAUCACACAGGAGAGAAACCAUUCCUAUGUAUUACAUGUGGAAAAAGGUUCAAGCAGGAAUCUACUCUGAGAGCACACUAUGUGACUCAUUCUGGAGAGAGGCCCCAUCUCUGCUCCAUCUGUGGUAAACGUUACACCAGGGCUGAAGAACUCAAAGUUCACCUCAGAGUUCACACAGGGGAGAAGCCGUACCAGUGUGACAAGUGUGGGAAGAGUUUCUACUACAGGCAAGGCUUCAACAACCACAAGAAAACUCAUAAUGCCAAACCCAUAGGACCCACCAGGCAGCUCGGCAGACCCAGGCAGCUGGGGAGCCCCUGGACAAACAGGCCCAAGAGGAUCUCACAAAGCGCUCUGCCUGAUUCAGAUGGAGAGGACCUGACCUGGGAGCCUUCUGACCUUGCAGACAGACCUCAUCAUCAGCUCGGGAACCAAGAAAAUCAUUCUGCAGAGAGCCACAACCAGGCAUCCACAUGGAACAUUGGUCAUUAUACAGCGAUCAGCCUCUGGGACCAAAACCCUGACACAUGUAACUGGAGAGCAGCAGAGGGUCAGGGUUACUGUGGUGCAGCAGGAGGGAGCAUUAGUGACAGUGCCCUCCUCAGGGGCACGGCGGAUCAGGAGCACUUUGAAGAGGGCUGUCAAGCCGAGCAGCCCUCCUGGCCCUCUGGGACUUACUCUGCACCACCACCCUCAGGGCUGCGCCUCAGCUCACAUCAACCACAUAAUAUCACAUCAAAGAAAAUGCACCUGAGCGAUAGGGCUUUAGAGGUAAAUCAGCAUGAAGAGCAGACACCUGCAGCACACGGCCAGGACCGCAGUCCAGCACCUGAAGAAGAAACUCCUCCAAGGCCAGAACCUGUGGAUGAACAAAGCUCCCAUGAACAGCCUCAAGAAAAGCCGUCUGUGGAGCCAAAACAAUACCAGGGGCCACGCAGACCUAAGAAGAAGUACGACUGUCCGACCUGUGGAAGAGUUUUCUCUCACAACACCGCUCUGAAGCGACACCUUGUCAUUCACUCAGGAAAAAGACCAUUUAAGUGCUUUAUAUGUGGAAGAGGAUUCACCCAGAGUGGAAACCUUAAAACACACAUGAAAGUUCACAGAGGAGAGUUACCAAAUUGGACAUUAGUUCAAGAGACAAGUCCUCCUGAAGAAUCUGUGACAGUUCAUGUGUGUGGAGAAUGUGGAAUGGACUUCCCUCAGAAACAACAGCUGGAAGAACACAGAGACAGUCACAAAAAGCCUUACGCAUGUCCUGACUGUGACAAGACAUUCAAAAACAAAUAUUAUUUUAAAAUACAUAAGCGCAUUCACUCUGGAGAUUCACCUUUCCUGUGUUCAGAAUGCGGAAAGAGCUGCGUCACAGCAGAUUCGCUUAAAAAACACGAGUUGACGCACACUAGAGAGAAGAAUUUUCACUGUGAUCAGUGUGGGAGGGCAUUUUCACAAUCCUCCCACCUGAGUAUGCACCUCAAAACUCACACUGGUGAGCGACCACAUCUCUGCUCAAUCUGUGGUAAAAGUUACUCCAAAGCAUGUGAUCUGAAAGUUCACCUGCGAGUUCACACUGGAGAGAAACCGUAUACUUGUGAGAAAUGUGGGAAGUGCUUCUAUUACUCUCAAGGUUAUCAAGCGCAUCUGAAGAUUCACAACAAAAAGCCAAAACCACCAACAAAACCUCUGGGGAGACCAAAACAGCAGCUCUUAGUGGUAAAUAGUCAAUAAUGUCAUUUGGGAAAUGUACAGUAAUCUGAGCGAACAGACAAGGAAAAAGUAAAUAUAUUACACUGACUGGUCAAGCAAUGUGGUAGGAAUCACAUGUAAUAGUGCAAUAUAUGAUAUACAGUCUGCUCCAUGGUUACUUGUAUUGAACUUAAGAUUCAAGAAAAUAAA